AUGGGAGGUCCAGUUGAGCUUGCCUACUUCCCAGUCACCACGGUUGGAAGUGACAAAUGUCACAACAACGGAUCUACCAUCACCAACACUGAAGGCCCAACGGCGAUCGAGGCACUGGGAACCACUCUUACUUCUGGUUCUGUCUACUUAUCUUUCAAAAGUUUAUAUGCCUUUCAAGAAGGUUUUGGUAGAAGAAUUGGUCCCGCAUUUACCGACUUUAUUCUACCCCUACCGUCCAGUGCUAUCUCAACACAAUGUGGUGGAUGGUUUUCUGCCCAAGGCCCUGGAACACCUCUGAACUACGCAGACCUGAACUUCCCCUGGCCAGCAAGUGCUUACAACUGUAUGAAUCGAUGUCGUACUGAUUUAUCAUUCACCAUAAAUAAUGGCACCGGGGUCAGCUGGACCCCUCCUCCUCAAUGCUCUACUAUCUGGUCGGACUUGAAUCCUAUCCUCGCAAUGCCGACGGAAGUUCGCAACUUAGUUCCGGCGUGGUCUACGUGUAGCAUGUGGGAUGCGGCGCUCCCCAACUUCGUCUUUGACCCCCCUCGUGCCCUUGUUGCAGGCACAGCGGUAGCUACACCGACACCUGCUUGGAUCCAUCAAGACUCUACUACUCCUGCAACUCCAGCAGCUACCUCAUAUACCGCCUUACCGGAGACUCUAGCUUCUAUGUCAACAUCUUCUACCACUGCUACCUCAUCUGUUGAUGUCUCGAGCACGGCGUCUGACUUGAUAGCCUCUGUUGUGGCAACACCGACCAGAGGCAUAGGUGCCACAGGUAUAAGCAUAGAAUUCAGUGUUGACGGCCACACAUUCACGGCAUCAGCAGGCGAUAAUGCCUUUUCCAUCUUAGGUCAGACCAUCUCGGUUGGAGGACCUGCUCAGAUUGUGGAGGGUGAGACCAUCAGCGUGGGGUUGUCGGGCUUCGUCGUCAAUGCGACCACGACUAUACCAUUCACUUCCACGCAUCCGAUGACCGCUAGCAGUGAUUCGCGAACCUCAUCGCAGAAAUCGCAUACUGCCGGCAAAGGAUCAAAAUCAUCUGGAGGGUCAACAAUCGUGGUCUCUUGGGCAGGUAUCUCAUUGAUGUCUUUGCUCGCUAUGGUGCUGCUCUAA